GUCGAGAACAGUCAAAUCUUCGGUUUUCCGAUCUGCAGCACGUAAAGAAAUGGCCGCGACGACGGCGCGGCUGCGUGGUCAUCGUAACUUGGCAUCGAGGACCUGUCGAUGUCUUCCAGCGAUGCGUGCAUGCGAGAGUUGGUGAGCGGAUCUCGGCAUGCUUUGUGGGAUCGUAGUCCUGCUCGAUCGAGUUGCCCGUCGUCUGUCGAUUCUGAAGAAAUUGUAGUCAUGACUUUCCCGUGAGAUGAUGACUUUGCGAGGGGCCGUCGGCGAUUCCUGCAAUGGUAAAAUACAUGGAAGCAAGGGGAACGAUCGUACGCAAGAAACUAGACAUGAAGGGUCUGCUGGGAUCGUGUACCUGCGCGACGUGCGAAGGAGAUACCUAUGGAUGGUGUCCAAGGGGUUCUGAUCGACGACGGGACGCCGACAUAUCAAGAUCUGCCAGGAUGCCUACGCGAACCUGGAAAAGCCAGCACGAUUGUGCGUCAUGUUUUCUAUAUCCUCGAAAUGUUGAGCCGGCAACGUGGGGCCAACAGAUGCGUCCUGGGCCGUAGUGAAGGGCAUUGCCAGUGGUUUCCCAGCCAUGCUCGUGGAUGCCACAACAGAGGCGACGAGCUGUCGAGAUAUGGAAUACGUCGAUGUCAUGUAGAAGUUCGUAGGCGGCACGCACAGACUGUCGGGUUGGAGCUGUCCUUGGACGACGACGGCACAAGCAUCAUCAGGACGGCCAACACACGUACCGUUUCUCGACGAGAUUGAGAUUGCUGGAUGCCAAGAACACGCGUGAGACCCAUCAUGCUCCCUCGCGGCACGACCAUGACGGAGGAACUUGAUCUUGGCGCGAACAGUGCGCUUGACAACCCUAAAUAAAAAAGGCAUACAAAUGUCAAGUAAUAUUAUUUCGGAAUUGCA